AACACACAGCAACGCUCCGCUGGUGACUUUGGAGGGUGAUGUAGCUCGACUGGCUGUGCUGUAGAGCAGCCGACAGAGCUGCACACUAAUUAGCUCUACCGUGAUGUUUGUCCGCGACAUGGGUUGCCGAUAAACUCACAUGUCGUGGUUGUACGUGUUGUCCGGGCGUAAUGAGUCGUAAGCAUCCGUACAAUCGCUGCAAACGGCGGGUAAAUGCGUUUACCGACUGCGGCUAGCUCGCCUGCGUUUAGCAAAUGUUAACCAAAAAGCAAUAAACGCUUUCGGUCGUCAUGUUCGCACAGUCGUCCGAUGUGCACGCUUUACUUUCCCGCGGUGUCGCUUCUGCACUCGGUGCAGUGAUAACGGACGGGUAGGGUCCGCGUCAGCUCCAGCACCAUGACCCCCGCUCAGCAGUGAGCUAGCAGGCUGCUGUUAGCGGCUAACUUCGUAGGCGAUGCAAGCAGCGGACUCCGUCCACGCCGCCCGCUGUUGAAAACCACGUCCGUCCCAUGGAGCUUGAGCGUCGUUCGGCUUGCCGAAGAUGACGGGCCGCCUGAGCCGGGUUUUUGUGCCUCUGUCUGCAGGAGGCGGAACAUGGAAGCCGAGGAAGAGUGGAACAAAGAGCUGAGUGCGCACACACUGCUGGAUAAGAAAGUGCUCCGCAGGCAGAAUGGAGGGAUUGGUAUAGUGAGGACUCUUCACAGCCUGUUGAGAACCCAGAACACACUGCAGAUUCAGUCCAUCACCCGCUCAGAAUGUGCAGGCUCCUGUCCAAAUCUGAUGAUGAGUAGGAUUGAGCACACAGAUGCGAGGCCCAUCCCCGUGGCCCUCACCCCCCAGCUCCCCCCGAGAGCUCACAGGCCCCUCUGCGUGUCGGUCUCCUCCGACAGCAGUGGACGCUUCAAAGCUCUGGAGACGCAGGAGUGGAAGAACAACCUCAAAGCUCAGAUGGAGCAGGCCCACAGUGCAGGAGCCGCCAGCAGCACAGGUUCUCUGGAGCGAGCGUCCCUGUUCUGUGCUUCAGCUUCCACAACAGCGUCCAGCUCCGGCCUGUCCAGUCCGGUGGAGAACCUCAACAAGAGCAAAUCCUCCAGCCGCUUCUCUCUCUUCUCUCCACCCUGGAACAGCAGCUCUGAGUCUGACUCUAACCCACCAUCGCGUUCAGGGUCUAAGAAGUUGCGCAACUACAGCAGGAGAGCAGCCACUGGGCCGGCGGGAGCCAGAAGCCCUGAUACACCCGAGCCCAAAACCAGCGGCCCUGAACACUUCCAGUACUCUGAACCCGUCAUCUCUAAGGUGACGGACUACAUCUAUGUCGGCAACCUGAAUGCGGCGUACAACGGACGCACCCUGUGCCGCAACAACAUUGACAGCAUCAUCGACAUGAGCAGCGUGCCGGGAGAACCGGGGCCCAGCCUCAACCUCAUACCCUGCACCUGCUCCCGCGGCGCCCGCCACAGCUGGUCCCGUCUCAAGGUGGACAUUGAAGAUGUGCCGGACGCUCUGGGCGACGGCCCCGCCCUCAAGCAGCGCUGCUUCGAGGACAUCAACGAGUGCAUCGACGCCUCCACCGAGAAGAGGAAGCGCGUCCUUGUGCACUGUCGGGACGGGUUCUCGCUGGCUCCAACGUGCAUCAUCCAGUACCUGAUGGUGAGGCAGAACAUGAGGCUGAUUGCCGCCUACGAGCUGCUAAGGGCCAAGUACCCGGUCAACAUCAGGGAGUGUCACCAAAACGUGCUGGUGAGUCUGGAGAGGGCACUGCGUCCUGGGGGCAACGUCAACCCUGAGUGCUUCAAACAGGCCAUCUCUCGUAAGGUGGCGUGGACCUGACUUUGUUUUCAGACUUGCUCAGCUGCUGCUCAUGGAUUUACAUAUUUUCCUAAAAACAACAUGGGCAGCUGAACUUUCCCCCCCGUAGACUGAUCUAUUGGAUAUUAUCGUCCACACUUGAGUUCAGUAUCUGUAAAACUUGAUGUGUUUCCUCUUUAAACCUAUAAAUGUGAUGUGGCCGUGAUGCCCUAUCCCCCCCCCCCCCUCACACAACAGUAAACGCGAUAGACUUAACUCUAAUGUAUACAGCUUCAUGGUAAAACGAUGUAAUAGUGAUGGCUGUAUAGUCCUGCUUCAGUUCUGUGCCACGUCGUCAUGGUGAUGUUUUAUAUCAGGGGAAAUUCUUAACGGGAGCUCUCAGGAGAUGAUUGAUGUCAUUCCAGUACAGGGUGGGGAAAUUACUCAUUACACAAAAUUGCAGCUGCGUUCACACCUGGAAAUAAAAUGCAUCUUGGUGAGCUGCGUGUGGCAUUUAAAGAUGUUCUUGAGAUUUUUAAACAAUAGGGCAGAUUAGGUGUGAAGGAGGGAACGACUGAGGAGUAGAGAUACAGCAAAGGGCUGCAAGUCGGCAUUGAAACGUGGUCAUUGUAGAAGGCUGCAGCCUCAAGGUUGCCAGCUCUAACAGGUGAGAUAUUUGCUGCCCUUGUUUGUGACAUUCAGGAUUAAAAAUGGUAGGAAAGUUCACAUUGAUCUUUUAAACUAUAGUGCAUAACCUUACAUUAAAACAAAACAAAACCCAGCAUAGUCCAAUGAGUUUGCACACUGCUCUCUAUGUGGACUAGGAAGUGAUUUGUUUUCUGACCCAAAGUAAAGCGAGACGACUGCAACGAUUGGAGUUUGACUUUAAAUCCAUGAAAAAUUAGAGAAGCUAAUUCUAUUGCUUGUAAAAAGAAAAAAAAAACCUGGUCGUUCAGCAGUUUGAUGGGAUAAGAGCUUCAUGCACCAACGCUCCCUCAGUGAGGUUUAUCUACUAGGCUGGGUCAUUGUUCCAGUUACUAGAGUGAAAAGUACUGUUCAGUCCCAGUAAACCACUGACUGAGAAUAUGACAUUUCAAAAAAAACCUUCUCUACAGUCUCCCUUUUUAAAGUUUUGAUCUAAAAUAAGUUAUAAAACCGUUUUAUUUUCUCCCUCUCUUGCUAUAAUUGCUGCUGGACGUCCGUACGUCAGCCACAGAUGUAAACCAACUUCAAAAUACAAGUUGCCACUCGAGAUGCAUUUUAGGAGUCUUUUAGGGAUGCACAAUAUUGGGUUUAAAAUGUAUUCUCGAAUAUCGGCAAACACACGAAGAUCCGCCAACUACUGACUAAAACAGUAGGAUUGUGCGUUUAUUUUGCGCAAAGAAGUUAUUUUGUAUCCACAUCUGCUGCGACAUGAGUAUGAAAAAUAUUGUGUUAAUUUCACUACAGAAGAGAUUAAAUGACCUCUGCCGUUCGGCAAAAGGAAAGACAUAUCGUUCAUCAGCCCAAACACUCUCGAUAUAUGGGCAAAAGUCCAAUAUCGUGCAUCCCUAAUUGUUUCCAGGGGUGAACUUAGAUCUAUAUCAUAUAUAAAUAUAGACAGACACAGUCUACAAGAUGACAUCAAAUUAACUGGCCAUUAUUUGUUUCGAGGCUAAAUCAUCUGUUGUGCUGGUUAGUUGUUUGUAGUCGGUGGGUUAAAAAGGUUUAAAUUCUGACCCUUUUUGUAAAAAAAACAAACAAACAACCUGCCCCUCUGAAGGACUUGAUGUGUGAGUUGUCACCACUGGAUACAUCACCACUAACUGGAUAUUAUCACUGAUUAAUCCGCUUCUAUCGCAAGAGGGAACUUUGCACACAGACACACAAUUUAUACCACUAGGCUUCUGUUGAUUGUGACCUUUUGUUUGAACGCCGCUGCAUGUUUUUUUCCUGAGGUCAUACUCGACGGAAGAUGGACGUUUUUCGACCUCUCCUCUGUGAGGAAGACUGUAGCUCCCAUCUUCAGCCACAGUUUGUUCGAGUCAGUCUCUGGUGGUGCUCGGACUGUGGCUUUGUGAAUUUGAACUUCAGUGUAUGCAGUGAGGCUGGGUGUUGUGCAUCUCUGUGAAUUUUUCAGUAUUAGUGUAUCGGUGCCACUGAACUGCAAUUCAGGGUUUUUACACUGCGGGAGAUGAUUUUUGCACUACUCACAGGGUUGUUAAAUGCAAGCAUUGCCUUUUUUAUUAUUUUAAUAUUGUUUCAUUGUUUCUCUUUUUUUUUAUAUCUGUUUAACAGCAUUUUUACAUGCGCCUAAAACUCCUAAAACACAUUUAAGAUACGGUUAUAUUUAAAAUUGUUUACAUUCCCCGAAUAGAUAUAGAUUACCAACAUUCUAUAUUCAGUUAUCCAUAACUGGCCCAAGAAAACCAAGGUGUGACAUUUUUUAUAACCUAAGGAUUGUCCGAUAAUCAUAAUGAGUGUGUGUGUACAUGAGUAUGCAUCCUUGACGAUAUAAUUUGGCGAGGAAUAAAAAUAAAUCAUCUUAUUAACGCACUCAUCGGUUAAGCUCUAAUUACAUCUGCACUGGUUCAUGGUCCUUGUCUCUCCGCUGCAUUUCUGUCGUCAUCCUGUGAUUUCCUGGACCGUAUCAUUUGCAAAGAGAUUGGCAUUUAUUGUAGUUUUAUGCAUCUAAAACGUGGAAGCCAGAACGGUUAAAAAGAGGUAUGCAAACUAAUAAGUUUUUUUGUUGUUAUUCAACAGAUUAGACUCUGACUGCUCUUGUACAACUUCUUUAAAUAGUUUCAUCACCAAACCUGAAAGUAGAUUGUUUCUUUGCUCGAAACAGGAGCCACUUUCACUAAACAGUUCACUAAAGCAGAUUAAUACAGAUGGUUAUUUCAUGACUUGAUGACUCAUCAAAGCUAAAGUUGUUUUAACAUAGUACAAAUCAGGUGUGAUUUAAUGAGUUCGACUGAAUUUGUCAGUCAAUCAUUUCUGCUCCUGAAAAUUCGCCUCUUGCACAAAUUUCUGUCACGUUCCAAAUGCUAAAACUGUGACAUCCCACCUUUUCACUUUCAAAAGUUUCUCUCUGCUCGGCUAACAAUUUGCCUCCCCCCCCUUUUUAAAUGUGUUUACGUCUUCCUCAGUCGAUGCAAACUAACCUCCCUAUCAUUUAACUUUGCUUGUUACCCACAUUUCAAAUUGGAAACAGCAGCUAAAACUUAGUACGUAGCUAAUGGCCCAGUUUUUGCUGUUGAGUUUAUUCUGAUUCUGACUGAUUCUUGAUUUGCGUUCUUCACUGUCGGUGACAAUAUGACCUUGUGCAAAAAGGAAUUUCAGGAAUUGAAAGUGUUUGAAAACUUCAUCGGCGGUAGAACCAACGCUACUGACCACAAAGCAAACCUUUUACUCGACAAAUCAUACAAAUUGUGAAGUGAUCUCAUUCGUUUACGUGACUUUGGUUUGUUUUUCGCUCGGCCUCGGUGAGAGUCAGUUGGAAGCAGCAGUUCAGUCUGGAUGUUAGCGUUAUGGUAGGAGUGGGAACCUUUAAAACAAAAAAAAACAAAACAAAGAAAUAAAAAAAAAAAAAAAUAUGGUGCCUUCAUUUGAAGUCGUCUCGUGACUGUAUGGUGAAAUUUGCACACUUUGUAUGACUAUCACUGCUCUUACUAUGUUGUGAAAUGUUGAAUAUUUUUGGAUGUCUUAUUUUGACCUGCCCCACCCCUCGAAAAACGAACAUGAUAUUUGUGUAAAGUGGUCCUUGCUAUAAUAUUUGCUGGUGAUUAGUGUACAGUAUACUGGUGUUUUACUAAUGCAGCUGGUGAGACUGAAGGAGACGAUAUAAAUCCUCCCGUGGAUGUUUUAAAGCUCACUCACGGCACCGUGGUAGUGGACAGAAGUGUCGACAGAGUCGUCAUAUCAAACUGAAUAGGUUUUCUAAUUCGUUCUCUCAGGUGAUUCCUCAGUGGCCCAGAAUGUUCUCAAUGAAUAUGAUGUUCAGAAAUGUGAAGCAAAGUAUUUCUCAUGUCAUGUUUCCUAAAUCAGAUUUAAUUUGUACUGUUGAAAUAUUAAAGAAAACGAUGUACCCAA